CAGCCUUCAUGUCAUCUGCGCCAGCGCGUUGCGGCGUACGCUCGUGUAGAUCAUGGCUUCAUCCAGAGACACACUCACUUAAUAUCAUCACUCAAUCAAAGUAGUGUUUGUUACAAGCGGUGUUCAUUGAGUGCUAUAAAAAGUUUCAGUGAGAAAGUUCGCCAUUUUGUGUUUUUAUCAAGUAUUAUGAAAGAAGAAGUUAGGAACUAUUCGUGAAACACGCGAAAGUCACAUUAAAUAAUGCCAGACACCUUCUCUCUGUCAGCGGGCGUCAGCUUCGGACUCCUGGCGGGAAUUGUAUCGGGAGUUUGCUAUCUCUUCGCCAAUGGACUGUCCAAACCAACGAAGCAGAGACGGGGCGGCAAGUAUAGUAUUGCUGCUAAAAAGGAGUCCAACAUCUGUGUUAGAUGUGGCGGUGACGAGCUCGGGGGAUACCUGCCCUGCAUCUGUCAACAUCAAGAAUCAGUGAAGUUCGAGUCCGGUGCUUGGUUUCUGCGCCAAGCUCAGCGCGCACUCAGCCUCAUGCCGUGGUCCAUCAGCUCCGACAAGUUGGAACAAAUCGAGGAGGAAGAAUGUGGCUCGAGUUCGAGCGGGGGCGACAGGGUGAGGGAGUUCCUGGAGGCUAUAUCGGCGAGACUGGCGGGAGGGCCGCUGGAAGGCACCAGGGUGGACGCCUUGUACGACCACCCCGCAUAUGCGAGUAUGUUGUCCCGCCAUCACAGUGUACUCCGCGGCGCGCUGACCGCGCUCACCACCGCGCUGCAGGACGCGCUCACAUGUAAGACGUGAUCAUCACACGGUACU